AUGUCAAAGGCGUUGAAAAAGGGGAUGGUUAUGGGGUUUAUUCAGGGUGAAGCUUUAGGGUUGACAUCCUUAUACAAUCCAGGAGAAGGGGGGAAGUACUUCUGCCCAAAAGACUGCAACUCUGCCAUAAACUCCUCGGCGAUAUCAUCAACCAAACAUAGUUUCUAUUUACCGGUGACGCUAGCGUUGCAUUAUCUCCAGCGUGCUAGUGAGGUGAAUCUGAAGCAGGCCGAGAAGAUUCUCCUUGUGAUGGGCGAGUACUUCCAGAUUCAGGAUGACUAUCUUGAUGUUUUCAAAGUUUCUGAAGUGACAGGAAAGGUGGACAUGGAUAACCAGCAUAGCAAAUGCACUUGGAUCAUUGUCCAGGGCCUUCGGCGCUGUACCGAUGGCCAACGACAGGUGCUGUUCUCGUCAUAUGGUCAGAAAGGUGACACACGCGAAGCGAGAGUCAAGCGGGUUUUUUGGCCAGAUCGACAUGGAAGAGGUAUACCGGCAGUUCGAAGAUACGAAGAUCAACGAGCUCCAGGCAGAGAAUGGCUGCAUUGA